GUGUGCGCGGUGAGCCCGCGGAGAGCAGCGCAGGGCGGAUUGUGUGUCUCCUGCGAGAGAAAAAAAAGGGAGCGGUGCCGAGAGACAUAGUGAGCUCGAAACUUUUCCACUAGAAACGAAUUCAACGCCAUAACUGCCCUCGGACUUCCUAGAACAACUGUUAUUCGCCCUGCGCCGUGUCGAAAGCUCGGAAAGUCCCGUGUCCUCUGUCUCAGUUACAUGUUUUAUUCUUCUAAUUUUUUUUUUACCCCCCUCGCGAAUCAACGUGGCUCUUUUAAUGAACGUGUUUUUAAGGGGCUCCCGGGCCUCGUCCGUUGGACUAGCUCGUGGCCACACAUUGUCACUUUCUCCCGCCGGUGUCUCGGUCGCAACGGCUCCGAUAACGACGGGGGUCACCGCCGAGUUGCCCGGCCGGCUUUAGCUCCCUUCCCACCCGGCUGUCAGUCCCGGGCGGGCCGGGGAGGCCGCCUCUGCCCGCCGGUGUUGUGACCGUGGGACGGAUCACAAAGUUAACGCCUUCAUCCGCCCGGGACCCUUCACGCUGCCGCUAUUACACGAGUCUCUGGAAUAAGGUGGGCAAGUGCCAAAGUCGCGCAACAAAGACAAGACAGGAUGAGCGAGAGAGGCCCCUUCAGAGUAGGGAAAUAGAGAUAACAGAAAAGAGGGCCAAAGAACAGCUCUGGGAUAAAUAAAUAAAACGACUUGUUUAGAGAAAAGGCAAGCUAGAUGAAAAGAUGAAGCCGAUAAAAAAGCAGGGCCGGCGCUCGCCUCCCUCCACCCGGGCCAAAGGGGGGAAGCGUCGCGGAGCAGGGGAUGCCCCUGAAGGAGGGGAGAAGAGAGACUCAGAUGAGAACAGAGAUAGAAGCAGAUCCCCACAAAACCGAACACCCCCCUCAUCAUUUCCUUCAAAUUCACAUUCAGAGGCCUCCCAGAUGGACCCAAUCACGGCACGGGACGCAUCAGAGGGUGGGGGUCUUCACAGAGAAGGGCUGUCAGAUGCAUCAGCCGCGAUGGAUUCUGGGAAAUUUUUGACAUCUUCAGACGAUAGGUCGUUGAGGUCAGCUGUGAGCGGCAGCAGCCACAGCGACAGUGGUGGUAGCAGUUGUAGUAAUAGUAGUACACCAAGCGCCAACAACAGCCCGAACCCCGCCUCCAGCCGUAAAACGGCCACCUUCAAGGCCCGCGUUCCCAAGAAGAAGUACACCUCUGAACACUGCUUGUCUGCUACUGGUAACCAUAGCAACACGCCCCCGUCUCUUCCUCACUGUGGUGGGGUUAUUAAUCGCGGGUCAACCGGUUCAGAAAAGGACUUUGUUGUCUCUCACCCCGAUGGCAACAGUCACAGCAGGAGCCUGAUGGACGACUUUCACAGCGGCACCGCUGUCGGGGACGGGUCCCCAGGCCCCCCUACGCUGACGCUGGCAGGGGACAGGGAAAGGCCCGGCGGAGUUGAAGGUGCGAGGGAUGCGGAGCGAACGUCGCCCGUCCUCCUACCCCGCUGCUCCUCAACAGAUACCGCCAGCGAGCACUCGGCCGACCUGGAGGUGGUCGUCGACACACACGCCCUCACACAGAUGUCUGCACACGCAAUACCCGGCCUCCCCGAUGCGUUGUCCGACGCCCUCGCCAAAGGAAUGAAAAAUCAGCGCGUCCUCGCCCGACAGCUCAGCAGAAGAGGUGACGGGGAGGGAGGACGCGAGAGGCGGGACAAAGGUUUUUUUUCAGACUUGGUGUUCCGGGCUGGAGUGGUACGUAAGGUCAGUGGUGAAUUCGGAAGCCUAGAGGUGCAACUGAAUGGGGAGAAGACGCUGUACCGUUAUCCCUAUCAACAUGACAGCCCCCCAGGGGUGGUGGACAUUAUCCUAGAUGCCCCACCGCCCGGUGUCCACCCAAUAGCUAUUGGCACCCGUGUCUGCGUACCAUUUGGAAGUGAUGAGGGCAGCGAGAGCCAGGGCCAGUGGUACCGAGAGGGCGUGGUGACCCAGGUGGACACCCACCCUGCAGUGGCCAACUGCUACCGUGUCCUGCUGUCUGAGGAAAGACAUUCCGUGGACGAGGAAGAGGAUAGCAGAGGGACAGCAGUUGGGACCCAGGCAGUGUGGGUCUCCCGACAAACACUUCGUCUUCUGGUGCCACCUUGGGACCUGGAUCUCCCGUCCGGAGGAGGACGGGAUGGAGAGGAGGGGGACAGACACAAGGAAAUGGAACGAGAGGACCGGGAGGAAAUAGAUGUGGAGCAGGAGGUGUGUCGUUUGAGCCGGGGGAUGACACCCAGCGUGGGGUCAGUGUUGGGCAGGGGAAUAUCCUACCCAGGUAUGGUCCCUGUUUCCUCCACAUCCGGCCACAGCAUUACCUCCCCAGUCACCCCGGCCUCAGUCCUCAGCUUGGCUCCUGGCCGAGAGUGGGAAAUCGAGAAGGACUUGGAGAGGGAGCGGGACAUCCAGAGAAUACAGGAAAGAGAGAGGGAAAGACAGUGUGAAAGGGAGAACAGUGCGAAGCAGCAACAGCACCAACAACCCCAACAACAACAGCAACACCACCCAUACAUGCCACUUACCCCCGAAGAAGACAUGGAGGUGUCUCACUUUAACAUGCUUCCAAUGGGGGCGAUUAUACCUGGGGCCAAACCAAUGGCACUUUCCCAGCACCGCCACAUCAUCUCUAAGCCCCCGCCUGGCUACCUCAAUCCCCACCUUUCUGUGGUGCGAGGCAUCGGGGUCCCUACUACCCACCUGGCCUUGAACCCCCACCCCCCUCCUUCACCUGUCAUAUUAGGCAUUGACCCAGCAAAUGCUACAGCUGCAGCUGUCAUUGCCACCCCUCAGCUUCCCCCUCUCCCUCCCAUCUCCUCUUCCGACGCAUCCUCCUCUAGAGUAGACAAGGCCCCAGGUGGAUGUUCUUCUAUUGGAGGAAAUGGUGGCGGCGGAGGAUCUGGAUCAGGUUCAACCUUGUCCUCCUCCUCACGUUCCCGCACCCCACUGACAGCCGCCCAACAAAAGUACAAGAAGGGAGAUGUGGUGUGCACGCCAACAGGCAUCCGUAAGAAGUUCAACGGGAAGCAGUGGAGGAGGUUGUGCUCCAGGGAAGGCUGCUCAAAAGAGUCCCAACGCCGAGGAUACUGCUCCAGACACCUCUCAAUGAGGACCAAGGAGAUGGAAGCCAGUGGAGGUGGCCGGGAACGGGGUGGAGCCAGCAGCACAGGGACCUUGACGCCGUCUGACCUCCGAAUGAGCGGUGGGAGAGCUAGCUCAGAGUUUGACUGGGACGAGACGUCACGCGAGAGCAGUGAGGCCAGCAGCCGCGGAGGGGACUCCCGCCCCCGCCUGGUCCUUCCCUCAAUGCUCCCACAGGACCUCUCUCGCUUUGACUUUGACGAGUGUGAGGCAGCGACCAUGCUGGUCUCCCUGGGGGGCUCCCGCUCAGGCACACCCUUAUACUCGCCUAUCUCCAACCAGUCGCCCUUCUCUCCUACUCCGUCACCCUCCCCCUCCCCGCUCCUCGGCUUUCGUCCUGCCAAUUUCAGCCCCAUCACGGCCCCUGGCCCACUCACGCCGCGCCGCCAUCGCCAUCCUAGCGCCACUAAGAUGGGUACACCGGGUGUUGACCGAGAGCGCCACCUAUCGGGGAUUGUGCCCACUUAUCAGACAAAUCUCACUUUCACAGUCCCCAUGAGCCCCAGCAAAAGGAAGCUCGACACCCACCCGCCCCCUCCGCUGCCUGCAAUCCAGGACUACCAGAUCAAACCUGAGCAGCAUCAGCUGGUGGGCAUGAUGGGCGACCCGACCCUGGGCCACAACCCUGCAGGCUUCAGAGUCCUCUCCCCCCAGAGUCAGCCCACAACCCCCUCUUCACUUUCCUUUUCCCGGCCUCGCAGCGCCACCAGCAGGCCACCAUCCUCCGCAGCCUCUACGCCGCCGCCCAUGCUGGUUUCCCCUACCCCGCCCUCCCCACUGCCCCAGGAACCCUCCCCACGCCGCAUUGUGCCGCUCCGGGAUUCCCCAGUCAUCGUCCGCAACCCAGACGUCCCACUGGCCAAGUUCUCUGAUGGCCCAUUGGGGAGGAGAGAGAGGAGCAGGUCCAGAGAGCAAAGCCAGCCCCAACACACAGGUCUCCAGGGCCUCCAGGUGCCCGUCCCCAUCAACGGGGCCACCACCAACGGUGCAGUUCUCCUGCGCAACCCAACAUCCACUCUUGUUCUUGUCACCUCCAGCUCGUCGCUGACUCCAGCCUCAGGGGGCCACACUGUCCUGUCCAGCCCCUCUGCGAUGCCCGCCUCAUCGGUCUCCAUCCUGUCCUCCUCUGGCUCUGGAGGCAGGGAGAGGGAGAGGAAACCGGAGGGCCACCAAGACGCCUCCGGGGGGGGGCUGCCACAGCCGGUAGCCUGUCACCCCACGCCGACCGCCUUGCUGCCACUCAUACUGCCGGCUGAGUCCCCUCACCCUGCUCCGCGCAAGCAAAUCAUCAUGAGACGUCCCGGUACCGUUUGGACCAACGUGGAGCCUCGGUCGGUGCCAGUGUUCCCUUGGCAUUCGCUCGUCCCUUUCCUGGAGCCCAGCCAAUCAGGAGCGGCUGCCCAGCCUGCCGACGGCCAACAGCACGUCAGUCAGAGCAGAGAGCCUCGGUGCGGCGUGGCCCUGGUGAGCGACGGGCGGGCCGGCCCUCCAGACCUGGAGAGGGGAUCCACCUCAUGCCCUGCAGCGACCAAUGACAAUCCUCCUACAGACAGGGGCGGGGCCGACAGCGAGACGGAGAGCGACACCGACGACCCGUUCUCCCCGGGCGUGGCCAACGACGCCACGCCCUCCACUGCCACCCUGAAGAGACGCACGCAGUCCCUCAGCGCCCUGCCCAAGGACGGGGACAGGAAGAGGGAGAAGGACCACAUCCGCAGACCAAUGAACGCGUUCAUGAUCUUCAGCAAGCGCCACCGGGCCCUGGUGCACCAGCGGCAUCCCAACCAAGAUAACCGAACAGUCAGCAAGAUCCUGGGGGAGUGGUGGUACGCUCUGGGGCCCAACGAGAAGCAGCAGUACCACGAUCUGGCCUUCCAGGUGAAGGAGGCCCACUUCAGAGCCCACCCGGACUGGAAGUGGUGCAACAAGGACCGCAGGAAGUCGCUAUCGGAGGGCCGUGUGUUGCCGAAGGAGUCACGGGAGAGGAGCAUGUCGGAAAGCAUAGAUCCCCAUCCAGAGUCCCAGGUGCCGGAGGGGGGGAAAGGUGGAGGCGCGUGCUGGACAAGCGGAUUGGAGCCUCGAGUGGGGCUGUUUGCCGGGCCGCACGCUCGUCCCCGAGCCUUUUCCCAGAGUGCCGUGCACACCCUGGAGCAGAGGGAGAGAGACAUGGAGAAGGAGGAGGGGGCCAGUUUGUUUCGCCGUCAGCCCUCGUCUCAGGUCCUAUAUAAAGGAGGGCUCAGCGAGGAUGUGACCAGUGACGAAGAGCGCAUGGUCAUCUGUGAAGAAGAGGGAGACGACGACGUCAUGGAGGAUUCCUGUCCUGAAGGCUCCAUCGACCUCAAGUGCAAAGAGAGAGUGACGGACAGCGAUGAGGACGAACCAGACGGACAGCACGGCUUCCAGCCAGUGACUCGCUCCUCUGUCCCUUCUUCCUCUCCCUCCACCCCCCACGCCAACUCCACCUCCGCCAAAGAGAACGGAGGAGGAGGAAGUGACGAGGGAUCCGAGAGGAAGAGAAAGAAAGACGAAGGAGAGGAGGGGAGCGAGGGAAGAUCCAAGACGGAAGAAGCUGCUGCAGAUGGAGCAGACGGAGGUGGAGGAGGGGGGCCCUCCUUUGUUUUCGCCGAUAGCUCGCGUUCCAGUGACCAGGCUCCCCUGGUUCUCGGCGGCGUCCCCGCGGCCCCCACAAUGGUGAGCAGUGUGGAGCGACCCGUCGCCAGCCCGCCCGCCCCCAUCACCAGCAAGCCAGCAGGAGGAGCCGUCGCCAGCAACCCCCAGCAUCAGGAUAGGAAAGCCACUCUCCUGUUGGGAGGGUGCGAACCUCAGCAGCUGCCAAUCGCCGUGGGUGGUGGGUACCUGUCCUCAUCCUCCUCCCCUGGUCCAGUCAAUGUAACGCCUGUACGGGGUGGCGACCUGGUCCCUAGCCUAGUUGUGGGAGGGUCCUUUAACCCCGCCCAGCCAUUGCAGCUCCUCAUCCCGCAGCCGCACGCACAAACCCCCCUACCUGUCCUCCAGCCCCUGCUGCACCCCACCGGCUCCACCGCCACUCUCACAGCCACCGUCGCCCCCCAGCUACUAGCGCAGGUGCAGUACAUCCUGCCCACAGAGGGCCCCUCCUCGCCCCAACUCACCCACCAGCAAAUUGUCUCGUUGCCCACCAAAACCGCCAUGGCCAAUGGCAUGCACUCAGGGGCGGGCAUCAGAGUGGCAUCAGUCAGCCCCGGAAACAGAGUCCAAACCCAGUCGCCAGUCUUGCAGAGCAAGAUGUUGGUUCCCAUGGCAACAGUGAGAACAGGGUCUACUCCUCCUCAUCCCUCCAUUUCUUUGGGAGCACCUCCUCUUCCUGUGCAGAACAGCUCUGUGACAGGAAACAAGAUCAUCCAGAUUGCUCCAAUGCCUGUGAUCCAGACCAACGUUCCCCCGUACGUGGCAGCAGCGGUGCAUCCUGGGAGCCCCUUUCCUGUUUCCAUGGCAACAGUUAUGGCUCCCGGUGGUGCGCCCCCACAGACCGUUCUUCUGACCUCUCCACCCACCAGGAUCACCUACGUCCAGGCCGGCCCGGGAGUUAACACGACGACACCCAAACAUGCCGCGCCUGCUCCGGGCGCUACCUAUCUCCCGUCGUCCCUGGCAGCGCUGGGCUUCACCGCCGUAGCCCCUGCAGGGCAAACCCUGAUUCAGCCCCUGUUAGCCUCGCCCCCGAGCAGUCAAUCUCAGAUCCCUCCAGGUCAGGCCUCGGGAGCCGCUGGUAGUCAGGUGCUUAAUGCCAUCCACCCUCCAUCAACCGUUACGUUGCCCGCUGGCAUGGUCUCCAUGACAACUGCGCCACCCGCACUGGCCAGCCGGGACGUGAUCAGCCACCCUCCGUCUCCAUUGGCGACAGGGGUGCAGGGCUCAGCGCCAUUGACCCGUCUGCCUGUUGCGUCAGUGGAGGUGAAGGUGGAGGUGAAAAGGGAGAACCUGACGGAUGGUGCGACUGAGGACGGGUGGUCGAGCUGUGCUGCCAGCUCCUCGUUUACCAACUGUGCGAUUAAUGUUGCAGCAGUUAAAAAAGAGGAGGACUUUGGUCUUCAGAUCAAAGAAGAAAACCUCAGAGAUGAACACAGCGGAGAGAAUCAAAGCGACUUGGACAGGGAACAAGAGAGAGGGCUGAAAGAGAGCAGGGAGAAGAAGGGAGGCAGGGAGACAGAGAGAAAGGACCAGAGCAUGGACCACAGCAGCAAAGAGGCCGGACCUCAUACCCCUCCUCCGCCACCCCCGGGUUUGGACCCCCCUCCCCCUCCUGCUGCGGAAAGAGAGCCCUCCUCUUCCUCGAAGAAGACCAAAUUCCGACCCCCGCCACUCAAGAAAACACCCGACUCUCUCGAGUCUCCCAAGGUCCUGUCGGAGUCGUACUUUGAGGAGCGUAUUGCUGAGCUUCCAGCGUUCAACCCGGAGGAGGUUCUGCCCUCGCCCACUCUGCAGAGUCUGGCCACCUCGCCAAGAGUCAUCCUGGAUAGCUACCGCAAGAAGGCACGCAACUCCACCGAGCCGGAGCCGCCGGAAGAACCCAGCUCCCCGAGGAGGAAGACCCGUCGUCUCUCCAGCUGCAGCUCCGAGCCCAACACCCCCAAGAGCGCCGCCAAGUGCGAGGGAGAGAUCUUCACCUUUGACCGAGCGGGUACGACGGGUACAGAGGGAGAAGAUCUUCUCGGAGACCCUGACCGGGUCUCCUACUCGUCUCUGCGCAGAACCCUGGAUCAGCGCCGGGCCCUGGUCAUGCAGCUGUUUCAAGAACAUGGCUUCUUUCCCUCAGCUCAGGCCACCGCCGCCUUCCAGGCGCGCUACUCGGACACCUUCCCCACUAAGGUGUGUCUGCAGCUGAAGAUCCGCGAAGUCCGUCAGAAGAUCAUGCAGACGACCACGCCCGGAACUUUUGAGCCGGGAGUGUUGGGUGGGUUAGCCGAGGCCGGCCCCGCCCCGUCCCACAGCUCGUCCUUCAAUCACUCGGUCCGGGAGGACGGAGGGCCGGAGCAGCAAGGAGACAAAGCCUGGAGCCCCGAGGACCCGAAAAGAGAGAUGUCCUAAACUGGACGGGAUGACAGAAAUAAAAAAAUUAAGGAAGAGAGAGAAGAAUGUUCAGUCAGGCAGGAUCCGUUCUGCCGGCACUCAUCUCCAUCAGACCUGGGCAAGAAUUACGUCUGACUUGAGGAGCGCUUGAUUUGUCUAAUCAGACCCCUUUUCUACUUUAAAAGUGGACAAGUCCCGACGAGUCAAGUGCUUCUUCCGCCCCGCCUCCAAUAUUUCCAGUUACCACUCUGCCCAGGUCUGCGUUCAGCACAUUUGUUCAGUAGUUUGAUACACACACAAACUUUGUGGGGCACACUCACUAUGUCUCCGGCAUACACACACACACACACACAAACUGUGCUGCAUAUGUAAUCUCCAGCAUGCACAUGAUCCUACAUACACACACACACACACACACACACACACACACACACCCUUACCAAAUCAGACUGUUACUCUUGGAUGGCGGUCCCUGGGAGGAGCUACCAAGGAUCAUGACCCACAAAGGCACUUUGUCACUUACUGUGCAGAUGCAGUUUGCUGUUGCCAGCCAGCCAGCCGGCCCUCAGAUGCCAUUGACGUGACCUCCUUCUCGCCCCUUCCACUCCUCAGCACAGUGGUCGGGACACAAACACAACCCCAACGACCUCCACUGAUAUUCCACGGCCCCUCGAUGCUGCAAGACAGACAGCACAUGCAAACAUAAAUAGCACACACACACACACACAAACAUGGACACACCUGUGCAGUGUGAACACUCGUACACAAACAAUGUCAAAUCUGGUCUAACCAAGCCAUUGGCCUGCACAGUUUUUAGUGAAUGUAGUGAAAAGAAAGCGUGAAAUCAUUUUGCUCCUGGAAAAAGAAGAAAGGAAGGCAGGAGUUUGGAUGUAGUGUGACCAAUCUUUGCACCUUCAGUUAUUGCCAUUAUGAAAGACUGAGUCCCAGCUGACUCUAUAUGUCUGUAUGUCUGUUGGGGUCGCCGCCCCGGAAAAGAAGCCUGUGCAAACAGGCAGCGUAAAGAGAUUAUGUAAAGAGACUAUUGGUUGUGAGGCUUUGAAGAAUCUAUGUUGAAGUUUGACACUGACUGACCGGCUCCAGGCAGAGAACAGAGAAAAAGGGGAGAAGAAGAACGGUGGACGAUGCUCAUGGAUGGAAGAUUCAUAUUCCAACGAUAGGAAGACAAGAUAAUAAUAGCGAAUAAGGACAACAACUUGAUAGAGAGAGAAAAUGUAGAAUUCCAACCAAACUUCUCUGAAUCUCCUAGUGGAUAUAAUGUUGCUUUCUCUCGUUAUUGUUGCCGUGGAAAUAACACGUUAUACCGUGGCCUGUUUUCUCUCUUGUGGCUCUAUUGUAUUUCUUCUCAAGCAUAAAAAAAAAAAAAAAAACACAAAAAAAUCAAACUCUGGACAAAAAAGGGGACAAAAUCAGUCAGCGCCCCACCCUACUUUUAAUUGUACCUGGGGCGGGUCUCUGCCUCUCCCCCCCUUCCCUUUCCCUCAUUCCCUCCACUUCGAUUGUCACCAGACACAGAAGUGGGGGGAUUUGUGGUUUUGUAAAAACGUUGAAAUCAGGUGUUUGCACAAUUUGUGCGGCCCGUCUCGCCGCAAGUUAAAUCAGGAAAGUAUUGUUUUAGGGAUUGUUUUAGUAGAAAAAAAAAUAAUAACCUUGUUCCGUACGUUAUCAACCAACUUAUUCCUCUUCUUGUCCCCCCCCCCCCUCCCCCCCGCCUCCUCCUCACCCUUCUCUUUCAACUCUCAUCCCCUCAUUCCUCUUCUUUACCUCGGGCCCUCAAGUGUUGUUAGAAAGUGCCCUUAAGCACUGGUCCCGGGUCAAGCGCUAUGUAGCUCAGGAUGGUUCUGGCUAGGUUUUGUUCAGGGAAAGCAGAUCCUAGACCAGCCCUGGAGGGCAGUCUCUGGAGCCCUCCCCUCUUCCCUCUCUUCUCGACACUUUAUCCUUUCCCCUCAAAUGGUGCAAUAGGACAUUUAUUUUAUUAUUCUUUUUGGAAAUCGGGUGGGUUAUUUUGUUUUCGGGGGGAGGGCUCUGUGCCAUAGAUAUUAAAUCCAAUGCAGUCAGUCAGUGAGAGGAAUGAGCUGUUGUGAUACUGUCUUCAACUAUGGUAUGAAACAAAAACAAAAAAGAAUCACACAAUUAUUGUUAUCGUUGAAGAGAUAGAGAGUAUAACUUACUAAAAGUCAAAGACAAUUUUUGAAUAGCACUUUUUGGCUCUUUGCCUCCUCGGCAGAGAGCGGGGGCUAGUGAUUAUUAUGGGUAUCUCUAUUAUUUCUCUGUAUACAGUUGGAUGUGUGAAGAAAAAAAAAAAAAUAUAUAUAUACCGGUAUUUCCAUAUAUGUGCAUUUAGGUCUGUGUUUGGGUGUGUGUAUGUUUUGGCACAUGCAGGUAGCGUGUUAACACGACCAACCUCUUGCUUUUUCUCCACACAGCCACAUUAACAAUAGUAUAUUUUUCAUCAUAUUCUACAUUCUAUAUUCUACUCUAGAGACCGUAUUUUUAUAGUCACCAUGACUAUUUUGUCCAGCAUCUUGACUGUUAUCAAACCCAGUUGAUUCAGGAUAUAUAAUAAAUAUAUAUUCACUAUAUACAAUAUAUAAAUAUAUACGAAUACACACAGGUAAUAGAGGACUAUUAGUUGACAUCUCUUUGGGGUUAGGGCUAUAAAGUGUCCGUCUGCAUGCAUGUGCAAUCACAUGCACGCAUGCACACACCCGCACAGACAUAUGUGCAUCCACACACAUGUAUGUGUGUACACUGUAUGAUUGUGCUUAAAAAUAAACUGUCCUUACUUUGGAGAAGGAAAUUUAGGAUGAGCAAGGAGUGUUAUGUCAUAAGAAGGCAUGUUGACCAUGUGCAAUAUUUCUAAACAACAACAAAAAAACGACUAAAUAUUGAAAAUAUUAAAGUUCUAACACAAUG